CACCUGUCAAACCGUUCCUCCAACCACAAAUCAACCUCACUACGCUCCAAGAUGGCGGCUUCCAUUACUGUAUUUUUUCCGCUUCGUUAAUAUAAUGCAAUAAGAAUAUUAUCACCUCAGAUACAAGUAUACCAUUAAGGGGCAAAUCAUAGUAGACGCCUCUUUUUGUUUCAAUUCAGUGUUGUCUAAUGGUUACUUUUAGCUGGAGGUCGGGCGCGGUGGAAGAGUGAGUGGAAUCCGGACACUACUUCGAGUAUGGCCACCGAUAAUAAAAUUCAGUUUUGGAGGAGAAACGCUAAGGUUCCGGGAAGUCUGCAGCCAGUGUAUGGAGCGCAGCAUCCCCCCCUCGACCCGCGGAUAUCACUUUCCUUUGCGAAAGAAGCUCCCAAGCCAAACGCUCUCUCUAUAAAGUCCAAGAAGGUGUCCAGCUUCCACGAGUUUGCCCGCAGCACCAACGACGCGUGGGACAUCGGGGACGAUGAGGACGAAGAGUUCCUGGCACCCGGCCGCCACACGGCCGUUCCCCCUCCAGCGCCCACGUCGGCACCGGCGCCCCCCAGCAGCCUCGGUGUGACGGAAGCACUGGAUAUGGACGAACAGGCGGAGUUCAAAGAGGAAGAUGGGCGGGACAAAGGGAAGAUGGGCAGCAGACAGACCAAUGGGAGAGUGGUGAAGUCGAACAGUGAGGUCCAGCUCAGCACUGCAACAGUUCGCUCUCCCUUACAGAAGCAGCAGUCCCUCCCACUCCGUCCCAUCAUCCCUCUGGUGGCCCGCAUUUCAGACCAGAAUGCCUCCGGAGCCCCGCCCAUGACCAUCCGGGAGAAGAGCCGACUGGAUAAGUUCCGUCAGCUGCUGGCCAGUCCCAACACAGACCUGGAGGAGCUCCGGAGGCUCAGCUGGUCCGGGAUCCCACGGGAGGUGCGGCCCGUCACCUGGAGACUCUUAUCGGGUUACCUUCCAGCCAACAUGGAGCGCAGGGAGCUGGUGCUGAAGCGGAAGAGGGAGGAGUAUUUUGGCUUCAUCGAGCAGUAUUACCACUCCAGGACGGAUGAGCACCACAGGGACACCUACAGGCAGAUCCACAUCGACAUCCCCCGGACAAACCCUCUCAUCCCGCUCUUCCAGCAGCCGCUGGUGCAAGAGGUGUUUGAGAGAAUCUUGUUUAUCUGGGCAAUUCGCCACCCCGCCAGUGGCUAUGUACAAGGCAUCAACGAUCUGGUCACCCCAUUCUUUGUGGUCUUCCUUUCUGAGUUUGUGGAGGAAGACGUGGAAAACUUUGAAGUUUCAGCGCUGCCUCUGGACACGCAGAGGAACAUUGAGGCGGACAGCUUCUGGUGUCUGAGCAAGCUUCUGGAUGGCAUCCAGGAUAACUACACUUUUGCUCAGCCCGGGAUCCAGAUCAAGGUGAAGGCCCUGGAGGAGCUGGUCAGCAGGAUCGAUGAGGACGUGCACAGCCACUUCCGGCGGUAUGAAGUAGAGUACCUGCAGUUUGCCUUUCGGUGGAUGAAUAACCUCCUAAUGCGAGAACUUCCCCUCCGCUGCACCAUCCGCCUCUGGGAUACUUACCAGGCUGAAGCUGAGGGAUUCUCUCACUUUCACCUCUACGUCUGCGCUGCCUUUCUGAUCGAAUGGAGGAAGGAGAUCUUGUCCAUGGUGGACUUUCAGAGCUUGCUCAUGCUGCUCCAGAACCUACCCACAAUUCACUGGGGCAACGAAGAAGUGGGACUGCUGCUCGCUGAAGCCUACAGGCUGAAGUACAUGUUCGCAGAUGCGCCCAACCACUACCGAAGAUAAUUCCAUCCACGAAUGGAGUGUGUAUACCUCGAUAGUGAUGCAGGUGUGCUUUGGAACGUACUGGAUGAGGAACCCAAGUCCUCCUGCUUUGACAUAAGACAUUUACAGAUAUAGACUGCUAUACACGCACAGAAAAUGCACAUGUAGCCCCAUGGCUACAGGAGCAGGGUGCCAAUCCCUUGAUUGCCCCUUAUUUGGGCAUUCCCUCUCCAGACUGUGAUGGGUUAGAACUGUCUAUCUACCUACUUGUCUGUUACAGUUUCUGAUAAAGAACUCAAAGAGGGGCUGGACAUUCCCAGGCUGCCAGUUCCAGGAAGCACUGCAGGACCGAACACUCUGAUUGCCAGGGACUGUAAAAAAAAAAAUAAAAAUUCAUCAGGUCUCUCUCUUCCUGUAUGAUACCUGCCUAGAGGCGUAAAGCAUAAGACUCUGUGAUGUUGUCCCUCAAGGGUACGGAAUGUACCCGAUGUACUCUGGUUCUAUCAUUUUGAAGCUGCUGGUCCAGAACUUAGUGCAGCUUCUGCUUGGUCCGGUACCCUCCAUCUCUCCUGCCUCUCCACAGCAGACGUGACUCUGCUCCCGGCACCAUUCGCUUCCCCUGACCUCCGACCUGUCGUCCCUUUCUGCAUUCUUUGCGUCUGUUACAGUUUAGCGUUUGCAUGGACUGCAGCUCUUGCAGUCUGUCUGCACAGUGCGCCUGCUCUGCGCCGCAGAGCUGUACUGGGAUCGAUGCACGCGGCUCUGGACCUGAGGUGUCGCCCAGGCUGUGGGGCGUCCUAGAACCCUGCUGUAUGGGACAGAAGGCCGUGCACAGCUGUAAGGCUGUGCUGCUGCUGCGCAGUGGGAGGGCAAUCAUGUGUGUGCUUUGCCCCCAGUCUCCUCCACUGUAUUCAGCCUGUGAACACGAGGACCAGCCACACUUGCUGCAAAAUUGGUGGCAUUGUGUAACCAAUGCAAACACAGAUCAGUGCAAAGGAACACUGCGGGUGUGCUUGGUUCUCACUCUGGGAUCUUUUUGUUAUUUUAGUCUGUAUUGGAUAACAUAACAAAAUAUAGAGGUAUUGUAAAUACAUAUAGAUAAUCUUAUUCUAUUUGAAUCAGCUGCAGAAGUGAGUCACUGGAGGGGAAAUAUUCUAUGGAAAUGGGGAAAAAUAGAGAAAAGUUUAACUGUGCAUUAGCUGCCAUUGAAUGGGGGUGAUUUUUAAAACUGGGCAGGGAUUAGUGUAUUAAAUUUAGAGUUAUGAUCUUUCCAGACAUGCAGCUGUCAGUGAAAUAGCACACUGGGCCCCGACUUGCCGCUUGUGUCCGGCUUAGCUGGAGCUGAAGCAGGUCGGCCAGCCUGUGGUGAGACCCGACAGCCAGACCACAGCCCAAGCCUGCCUUCUGUCAUGCAGACAGUCUUCACUCUUUGUUUGCCUUAACCCCCACCCCCCCCAAAGCAACAUUUGAAACACCCCUGCAGUGCUGCCCCCAGAGGCUCCUUAUAGACAGAUAUGGCCGUAGAGAUUUCUUGGGAGAGUUUAGCAAAAGAUUAAUUGUUUGUUUGUUUUUUGUACCUUGUGUAUUAAUUUGACAAUCUGAAAGUUCCUGAUCAUGUGGAAAGCCUUGGAUAGAAAGCAUCUAAGAAUUCAUCUCCCUGAAGAAAAUCAGUAGACCUUUCCUGUUGUGCUUUUAUCAAAGGUUUAAAGUUUAAUUGUUACAUACACAGUGCAGUGUGCAGUGAGAUGCACAGGUGCCUGCCACUGGACUGUGAAAUAGGACAUACCAGUUUGAUUCCAGCCGUAUAUUAACAAACAUUAAUCAUUUAUGCUGUGCUACAUAAGAUGUACUGUGUUCCGCUAGACAUUUUCCCCUUACAGGAGUAGCAUAGCUGAUUUGCACUAAUUGUUUAUUUGAAAUGCAGACAAUUCGAAUAAUUUGGUGUCACAGGAAUUUGACUUUGACUGCCUUUGGACUUGGUGACAUUGGACCAAAGCCUGAAGGUGAUAUCGGGGAUCAGAAACAACCUCUUAUCCCAUCUCAGCAGUGUAUUAGUGAUUUUAAUAAAGUAUUUGGAACAUUUUCACACAAUGAAGGAUUUUCUUGACUGCACAGGGGCACAAACUUGUUUCAUAUAUUGUUUUAGAGUAAUGAGUGAUGAAAGAAAACAAACAAAAACAGGGGGAAUGGAGUGCCCUGCUGAUUGCGUGGGACUUCAUUUCUGCGGUACCAUAAGAGUGCCUUUAAUCAUAACUCGCAGCUGUGGUGUGCUUAAAUUCCUUGGGGGGAAUCUCAUGCUGUUGCACAUUUCCCUGGUGCAGAAUGGGCUGCCAGUGGAAAUGCCUUGGAACAGAAUAUGACUUUCUGCGAGGCCGGCUUCUUGGAUAAAUGAGAUCACACGCGGAUGCUACUGCAAUUACUUCAUCGGCCCCUGCAGUAGAAAGACCCAUGCAUGGGUGAAGAUGGUUUUGAAGCAUAUCAAGGUUAUGAGUCUGUUAGUAUUUUUUGGUGGGUGGAAUCAUUUAUUACAAAGAAAUCAUUAAUGCGACAUAAGGAUACUGGGAAUGUCAUGAGAGGGUAACUGAAAUUAGCUGGAGAGUUUUCUUUUUGAAGGCAUGCUCACGCAGGCUUGGACGUUUCGUGGGAUCUGCAGCACGGCACUCCAGGCCAUAAUAACUGGCUCCUUGGGUGGAUCAUGACUGUUGCGGAUGUAGAUACGUCCUCCUACAUGCCGUCUGAUGUGAGACUGCAGCGGCUGCUUAUCUUGAAAGCAGAGAACGAGUUCCAGUCAGGCCGCCUAUGGGAGAACCUCCUGCCCUCCUCCUGUGCUGCCCCCCUCUUACCUGCAGAGGGCGCUCAUUGGAGAAAAACUCCCCGCUACUUGCUAUUUCUGGGCUGUCAAAUGUUUGUCAUAAUUGUUUUAUAUAUUUAUUAAGAAUUUACACAGAAUUAGCUUGCAUUCACAACGUCCUGCAUUCACAAAUUCAAUCAUUUGAAUACCUGUAAUUUUUACUUAUACCUGAGAGUUAAUCAAAAUUUUUCAUUGACGCUGUACUUCAGAACAUUUUUGUGUUGAAUGGUUAUAAAAAGGUAUUUAAGAGAUUUAGUUUGUUUGCCAUUUGACCCCCCCCCUCCCCCACCCCCGCCUUCACCUUUCCUGCUCAUAGCACAGCCCCCUCGAACAUGAAGCUUUUCUGUGGUUUCCAAAGCAGCGCUGCAUUGUCUGAAUACGUUCCCUUCUUCCUACAGCAAUAAUUUUCUUUGGCUGUUGUGAAUUACACUCUUCUGUCAACUAAUCGAUAAUUUUUAUUUUAUUCUCCUACGUCCAAACUGCAGCGCAGCACUAGGAGUGCCCUGCAAAUAUAUAUCUGAGUUUUAUUUCCACUUCAGCAGUGGGAGAGGAUUUUUCUGGAAGCUUGCCGUCAAAUUUCUCCAGGCUGUGUUUACUGGUGUGGUCUUAUUUUUAACCUACGGGAGGAGUGAGCUGUCAGAGCAUCACCAUUUCAGUUUUUUAGGUAAUUCUCAAGGAAGUGUAAGAACAUGGCAGUGAUUGGAUUUGGGUUCUGUUUGUCUGUGUGGCACAAUAUUGUUUGCAAUAACAGCGAUCCAGCUCUCUACAUGCCUGAGGUCAGCAGACAGUCCUUUGUAUCAUGUUUUCUUUCUAGUUAAAAUGCAAUAUCGAGAAAUCACAGAAGUAUCCUUAAUAUUGGUUAUGUAACUUGGACCCAGACGUUAUUAUAAUAUAAAUGUACUUAUAACAUAUUGAAGGCAGUAGUAAUCGACUGGCCUAUAUUAAAGCUUGAAGUUGGUUUGGAAGAAGUGGUUCUAGACUACUUCACUGUGACAUUCAGUAGUGAUUUUGAGAUAAAGAGCUAGGAAGGAUGUCAAUCCAAACCAGUCUGUUCCCAUGCAGAACAGAGACAUUUAAGACUGCCAGUCGGCAUUGCCUGAUUUUCAGUCUAAGUGCGGGGCAAAGUAGACGGAGAUUUGUAUCAGGGAGGAGGUAGCAGAGGAUUAAGACAGAAAUUAAGGGUUUAAAUUUCAGAAAGUACUUACUGCGUCUUCGGAAUCACUCUCAUAGGAUUUACUGCUAACGAAAGAGAUACGAUGCAGGUCAUUCUAAUCAGCAGCAACAACAAUAAUAAUUCAUAACAGCAAACAAAGGAGCACACUUUAGCUUUGCUGCGCAAGCAUGAGUCUUUAGUCUACAUAAUAGGUUGGAAAUAAAUUAGCUUAAUUUUAAACAAAACAUGAUUGUGAAGGCCAAUCUAUAAAACUAGAAGAAGAAGAUACAGAAAUAUAUGAGAAUUAUGUGCCCUGUUGGUACAAACAUGCAAGAAUCUGUCAAACUGGUGAAAACCCCCUCAUUCAGACUGCCUGCACCUGAGAGCCGCCCCGGGUGCAGAUCUUCUACUGUACCGGUGCUGCUCACCAUCGUCUGCUUCCUGAUUCUCCCAGCCCACGACACCCUGGCUGAGCCGCUGAAACCGAGACGUCAGCAUGCUGAACAAAUACACAGCCGAAUGACUUUGGUCUUUUAGUACUGCCAUUGACAAACCAUGACGUUAAAUAUUUGCCUUCGACGUAAAACAAAGAUGGUGUUUAAUGCCACGUUAUUGCUUUGGAUUCGUCUGUGUUUGGCUGCACCGUAGCAUUUCAUAUAUCCUGGAUUUUUGUUUGGUGUAGCUGUUAAUUUAGCCUCUUGAAGGACCGUGUUCAUCAAAAAUCAGGCAUCUGCAGGUCCUGCGUCCAUUUACCCGCACUGUCCCAUGAACUCAAAGCACCUCUGGUGUUACCAGUUUUAUUUUAUGUCACCCCCCCCCCCCCCCAUUUGAAAUAUGCCAAAACAGUCAUCACUUUUUGUUUGUCCACUUAAUGCUUCUGUGAUCAAUGCUGUUUUUUGAGCCUUAAUGAAAGAAGAGUGACUGGCUGUAUAUUUGCCUUUUGUUUAUAUUAAACUAUCUUCUCAUAA